AUGACCACAACUGAUGGCAAAAAGUCCGUCUCUUCGGUGAACUACGAACGCUUGGAGGCUCUGAAGGAGCGCUACCUGAGCCGAGUGCCUCGAUUGUUCCCCGGUGGCGCCAGUCAUCCCAACAACAUCAAGACGGAAAAGGAGGAGGAGGAAAAGAGCCUGGUGGAGUGCAUCCUCAGUCUGCAGUCGGCGAAGGAGCGGGAGAACAAGCGCAUCAGCGAGGAGAUCCACCAGCUCCUUUCGAAGCCCACCGCCAAGGAGCUCUCUCUGGUGGAGCAAUUUCGCUCUGCGGCAGGCAGUCACGUGCAGGAGUUCUGCCAGCACGGCACCCGANAGCUCCUUUCGAAGCCCACCGCCAAGGAGCUCUCUCUGGUGGAGCAAUUUCGCUCUGCGGCAGGCAGUCACGUGCAGGAGUUCUGCCAGCACGGCACCCGAGAAGACUGCCGCAGGGUAAAGCUGCAAAAGAUGAGGCGAAGCAGUGGUUCAGCUAGUGCUCAGCCGCCUAACCUUGAGCCCUGUCCGAAGUUGCACUUUGUGAAGAUCAUUCAGAAGCACACGGACGAGUCGCUGGGAGACUGCUCCUUCCUCAACACCUGCUUCCACAUGGAGUCCUGCAAGUACGUCCACUACAGGGUCGAGGUGCGGCCGAAGAAGACUACUGGAACACAGUCACCGACGAUGACGGCCACAGCCAGUGCCGUACCGCUGGCCAAGACGCUCGCCUCGGCCACCGAGCAGCCCUUCAAGCGGGUCCUCUUUCCGCCGCAGUGGAUCAAGUGCGACCUGCGGUACUUUGACAUGAGCAUCCUCGGCAAAUUCGCCAUCAUCAUGGCCGACCCUCCCUGGGACAUUCACAUGGAGCUGCCCUACGGGACCAUGUCCGACGACGAGAUGCGCAAGCUGAACAUUCCCUCCCUCCAGGACGAGGGCAUCAUCUUCCUGUGGGUGACGGGGCGGGCGAUGGAGCUCGGCCGCGAGUGCCUCCAGCUGUGGGGCUACGAGCGCUGCGAUGAGCUGAUCUGGGUGAAGACCAAUCAACUGCAGCGGAUCAUCCGCACCGGGCGCACCGGCCACUGGAUCAACCACGGCAAGGAGCACUGCCUGGUGGGCGUCAAGGGGCGGCCGAAGAACCUCAACCGAGGCCUGGACUGCGACGUCAUCGUCGCGGAGGUGCGCGCCACCAGCCACAAGCCGGACGAGGUGUACGGCAUCAUUGAGCGCCUGUCGCCGGGCACGCGGAAGAUUGAGCUCUUUGGGCGGCAGCACAAUACGCAGCCGAACUGGGUGACACUGGGCAACCAGUUGACCGGCCUGGAGAUUGUCGAUCCGGCGCUGGUGGAGCAGUACAAGCGACUUUACCCGGAGGAUGCGAGGAAGUUUGGCGUUCUCUGA